UAUGUUGUUUGGCAUAACCGUCAUUUGGAAUAGAUGAAUUGAUAAUAAAACAUAACAUAAACAUGUCCGUUCCUUGUUUUGAUAAAUAGCUACAAAAAAAUAUAAAUGCCGCGGCUGGCGAUAGAAAACAACAAUUAAUCGAGACGUCUCCACUUGCUCUCUGGAUUGUAUGUGUUUGUGUGUGUGCAAUCUUGAUUAGAUUGUGCAUACAUUUUAAAUUCAAUUGAAAUCUAUCAGCUACAAACAUUUCGAUUGCGUUUAAUCAGUAGCAAGACAGCAAAGUGAUUAGCGAUGGCCUCCGCAAUGAAGCCAGUGUUGUGUGUCGGCUGCACAGUUAUCGACUUUGUCACCAUUAGCGCCAGCUUCCCCAAGGAGGACACCGAUGAACGUUGCCUCGAUGGAAAUUGGCAGCGUGGAGGGAAUGCCUCCAAUGUCUGCACUGUGCUCCGAUUACUCGGGCUCAAGGUCGAUUUCUUUGGCGUACUGAGUAAAUCGGAUGGAUUUCGUGUACUGCUCGAUGAUCUGCAGCGACGUCAAAUUGGUGUCCAACACUGUCUCAUGUCGGAGAAGGACCCGCCCUUCUCGUCGGUGAUCAUUGCCCAAGACACAGGAUCACGCACCAUUGUGCACUGCAACAAAAACUAUCCGUAUGUGACGUGGGAAGACUUUCGGAAGAUCGAUCUGAAUGAAUAUGGCUGGGUGCACUUUGAGGCACGUCAUCCCAAGGAAACCAUCAAGAUGAUCGAAACCGUGCGGCAGUACAAUACGCUUCAUGACACUAAUAUCAAGAUCUCAUUGGAUUUUGAAACAUUAUAUGAGAAGAAUCUGGAGCUCUGUCUUUUGUGUGAUUACGUUGUCUUCUCCAAAGAUUUGGCCAGUCGCCAGGGCUGGGAGACGGCAUGCUCGGCCUGCUCGCACUUGGUCAGCGCCUUAACACCCAGCAGCGUCAACAUUAUUUGUCCCUGGGGCAAGGAAGGCGCAAGCUGUGUAGACUCUUUCCACAACUAUAGCGAUGUGCCCGCCCAUGAGCCGGAUUCAGUUGUGGACACGCUGGGAGCUGGCGACAGCUUCAUGGCUGGCUUCAUCUAUGCCACGUAUGUAAGCCAGAAAAAUCUCCCUGAUGCUGUUGACUUUGCCAAUCGUGUAGCGGGACACAAGAUCAGCGACUAUGGCUACGAUCACAUAGCCCAGAUCCAAAAAGACCAAGUUUAAACCAUCGAACAUAAAAUUAAUACCGACUGCUUUAA